AUCUAAAUGGGUUUGGUUUAGAUCAAGGACACAUAUGAACUUAUUGUUUUGGAACGAAAAUGAAAGUUCAAAAUUCAACCGCAAUGGUGCACUGAACUUACUGUUGCUUUGAUUUUUUUGACAAUUGACCAUUCUACUCACACAGUUUUUUAUAUUGCAGGAAGUCUGAACGUCUGAUAACGAAGUUUUUGCGAUUUCAAUUAAAGCCUUACAAAAACAUUAAAGUGGCGGAGAUUCAGAAUGGCGAUUUCUCUACAAAGGGAUUUUUUGAUGCCUUUUUCAUGGAUAUUGCACCUGAGACUGGGAAUGUUCGAAACCUCAAAAUUCACAUUUUCAUUGAUGAGGCCUCAAGGUCGAACGUGACUUUGAUUGAAGACGUCUUGGUAAAUCUGCCAAACGAUCCUGAUCGAUUCAUUUGGAUAGUGGACUCAGACGAAGAAGAGAAAUACUUUUCUGACAGUCUUUCACACAGAUUUCGACACGAUUUUGAGAUUGAAGAGGGACUCGUGUUGAAUUUGAGGAAUUCACAAGAAAUCCAGGAAAAAAUUCCGCCUAUUCAAGAAAACCAAGAUAACAAAAAGGAAGGCAUUGAUUCAGUGGAAGUUGAGAAACUCAUUUCGGUAUUGAAAAUGGAACGGAACGCGCAGCAAAUUCUGGUCAUUUUACCACAUGCGGACAAUUAUGUAGUAGCUAUCCAGGAGAUGAACAAGGAAAUCAAAAACAUCAAAACCUAUGGACUACAUCGCAAAGGUGUGGAAAACUGUACGGAUGCAGAUUUGGAGGAUUUUUUCAAUGCUCCAAAACUAAAAGAUCAACAAAUUUUGGUGACCUUGGAAGGUUGUGUCAACGGGUUUGAAGCUGAAAUGGUCUUAUUCACUGAAUUUCAUGAUUUUGGAUCAAAAUACGUCAUGUAUCGGGCCAAAACGAAACUUCAAACUACAACUUUGAAAAAAUGUGCUCAUCCGACACUUCAUGAGCAAUAUCCAGUGGAGGAACAAGAGGUAAGGAGAUUAUAA